AUUAUGAUUCGGUUGAUGUAAACUUUUUUUAUAGCUUUCAAAGCAAGAUAGAAUAGCAUGUUAUGUAGUAUUAAUAAUAAAAGUAAUGUUAAAAAAAGACCAACAAAACAUUGUAAAAUUUUCCAAAAUGAUCGGUUCUGGAUCUCGCACUAUGAACGACCUGUAUAAAGUACACACAGUACAAGACGUGUCCAACCACCCCGCGUGGAGUAAACUGGAGCAUUAUGAAUGUGGGGACAGUGCUGCAGACCGGAUUAUCGGUGGGGUUAAUGCGGCGCUGGGGCAGUACCCUUGGAUCGCAAGAUUGGGGUAUAAAGUUUCAGAUGAUCCCGACUUGGACUGGAUGUGCGGUGGGGCUAUCGUGACCGACCAGCACGUGCUUACAGCCGCCCACUGCGUCACUACUCCAGAGGACGACUACACACUACAAUAUGUACGACUAGGCGAACACGACGAUCGCCAGGAUCCCGAUUGUGUCCGGAACAUAUGCGCGCCUAAGAUUCAGGACAGAAAAGUGAAGAAAGCUACAAUACACCCCUUGUACAAUAAGCCGUUAUUUCACAAUGAUAUCGCCAUUAUUGAAUUGGACCAACCACUCGAUAUUCAUAAUUAUGUGGCACCGAUUUGCCUUCCUCGUAAUGAAGAACAGAUGAGUAUCCUGAAGAUGGGAGACAUGGUGACUGUGGCAGGCUGGGGCAAGACCAACAUGACUACGCAGCACAGGGCUAAUAUUCUGCAGACUCUCAAAUUACCAGUAGUAGAUCAGAAUGCCUGUAGCAAUUUUGGAUCAGCAUUUAGUAUGACAGAUUCGGAGAUUUGCGCUGGCGCACAAUUCAAUAGGGACGCAUGCGGCGGCGACUCGGGUGGACCGCUCAUGAAGGUCUUUGAUACAAUGGAUGGUCCCAAAAACUUCUUAGUAGGUAUCGUGUCGUUUGGACCGACGAUUUGUGGCACCACCAAGCCAGGCGUGUAUACUUCAGUGCCGCAUUUCAUGAACUGGAUUCUGGACAAUUUAAUAUAAUCUCUAGAUCAAUAAUGAACAUAAAUUUACUUUUAAUCUGUAUUUAAUAAGAAUUAUUAACACAGAAAGCGUUUAUUUCAGUACGGGCGUGACUUAUUUCUUAACUAAUUAACAUAAACGUACGUAGGUAAGUAUAACAAAAUGUUUCAGCCCCCGUUGCAUGGCACAGGCGGGGACAGGACAUUUGCGCGUUUUUUGAACGAUUACGUACGUUCUUACCAUGAUUUGAUUGAUCUACGAGAUCAGCCUGUAAGUUUAUACCUAAGUUGGUAAAAAAAAUACCUAUACAUAGGUGAAAAAUUUAUCGAAGCAUAUAGUGAUAUGAAUUUAUUUGUUAUACAGUUAAGGAACUUAAACAUUCUUAUGUGUAAUAAUAUCAAUAUCCAUCGAGGUAAAGCCCUUUGUGAUAUGAAUGAGUAGUAAAUUACGUAGACGUCGAAUACGCGCAACUAUUUUGAAUUCGCUUAAAGGCAUGGGUCGUUCACUGACAUAAAGUGGUGCAUUUAAUUGCGGAUGUCGGUAGACUAGACGUCAAUUAGGCAAAAAAUUGUCUUGUAUUGUUUGAAUCUCAGUCACAAAGAAUGAGUAGUGAUCUCAAAAUGUUCAUUAUUGUGUAAAUUUUAUGAUUGGUGACAAUGAUUCUAAUUUAUUUGGUGAUUUUUUUCUCUACAGAUAUGUUUUAUACAAUCGCUGUAGUAGAUAGGAGUAUUUUGCCGGAUAAAAUAACUUGCGGUCCGCUCAUCGAACAAGACAAGGUGGUUGGUGGAGAUGUGGCUGAAUUGG